AUGUCCAUUCUACUCCCGUUUCGCGAUAAACGGCUGCCGCCGGUACCUGCAGCAGCUUCCACAUACCACCACGACCCCCUUCUCUAUAUUGAGCGACAAUCCAAGCACAUCGAACGCUCUCUUCAGACCUUGAUUGACGCACAAAGUGAGGGUCUUCUUUCUGGACUUGCUCAGCCCCAACCAGACGAUACUUCCGAGGGGAGCUUCACCCCGACCUCCUCCAAAGCUGGCCGAUCGCGAUCCCCCUCCACAACUCCGGCAAGGCAACCCCGACCACAGAAGAUAGGACUUAGAGCUGCACGGGAAGGGAUAUUCCAGUCGAUAUAUGAUUUACUUAAGCUACGAGAAGAAGAGCGAGAAAUACUCGUAUCUCAGUCAGAUGAGAGAGACAAUGCGCUCCAUGAGAUCCAAAGUUUUACCUCAAGGCGAAAAGGUCUGGAAGAAGCCAUCUCAGUGAUACAGAAUGACCGAGGGAAUCGGCGCGCUAAAGAGCUUCAAGAGGAGGCCCGUGGCCUCGAGACUGACAUCCAUGAACUGGAAACCAGGCUAUAUGAGAUGAAAGCCAAACACAGACACCUUGUCAUGGAGAUCAAGGACAUCGAAAACUCCGUCGAUGCUAAAUUAUCUUCUUAUACUGAAUCCUUGUCCAUCCUACAGUCAGACAUCCGAAAUUACCUCCGCGAUCCCCAGGUUCAGCCCCUUUCGCGGCAGCCAAACGAGUCUACCUUAUUUUCAUUGAAACCCAAACGCCGUACUCUUGAGAUGGCCCAAGAUCUUUGGAAGAAAGAACAGGAGGAUUUGCACAAGAGGCAACUAGAAGUGGAUGCAGAGAUAUUGGCACUCGAGGAAGGAGGUGGAGUCUGGAAGCAAGCCACGGGGGAUGUGGCUGGCUUUGAGAAGCGACUCAGAGGCUAUAUGCGCCGUUUCAUGCAGUUGGAUGUGCAAGCGGAAAACGGCGCACCGAUUGGAGAUAGCAAGGAAGAUGUGGCAGCCACCGUUUCGAAUGAUUUAGAGCAAACCACACAGCGGCUGGAAUCUCAUUUGGAGUAUGCCGAGGAAAAGGACUGGAAACUCCUUGUCUGUUGCAUUGCAGCAGAGCUAGAAGCUCUUCGAGAAGCAAGGGGAAUGCUACUUCCCGCCUUUGGCUUGCCUGUGCCCGAGUCGCCGUCCUCUCAACAAGUACAUCCCCCCGAGGAACCCACGAACGAACAUGCAGAAGUCAUUGGGGACCCGUUGAAUAAUGAGGAUUCCGAUCCACCAGCAGACUUAUUAAAGGAUGGGGAUGGGGAUGACCAUCAUACAGAUACAACGUCCAGGUCUGAGGAUGACGAGCCCGAUCCAGCCUGGCUUCUUGAAUCAUAA